AACACUGUACCAACAAGAGGAAAUAGAGAGAGAUCGGACUUGGAGAAUCCCAACCGACACUUGCCCUUCAUGGCCUCGUCUCUCCUUAUCCUGUUCUUAGUUCUCAUUUCAAUCACUUCACACGCUGCCGGCGAGAUCCGGUACUCGGAGAUCCGAUUCGAUGGUCGGCCCAUAAUUCCCUUCGACGAAUUCGGGUUCACCCACCGUGGCCAGCUUGAGCUCAACCUCACUCAAAUCUCCCUCUCCGGACCCGACCCGUCAACCCUUGACCUCUCCAAAGUUGGGUUCUUUCUAUGCACUCGUGAUUCGUGGAUCAACGUGCUGCAGCAAAUCGAGGAUGCGGAGAUUACGUGCGCCCUUCAAUCGGAAUCGAUUAAGAAAAUUUUCGUAUUCAAUCAACUGCCUAAACCUACUUCCGCGAGCUUUAACCUGCUGUACUCGGAAUCAAAUGCCGAUCAGUACACCCUUGUGUUCGCUAAUUGCCUUCCGCAAGUUAAAGUGUCAAUGAAUGUACGGUCUGUGAUGUACAACUUGGAGAAUGGAAAGUCCAACCGACGGGAUUAUUUGUCAGCGGGAAAGACUCUUUUGCCCCGGGUUUACUUCGUAUUCUUCUUAAUGUAUUUUGCUCUUACUGCUGUUUGGAUUUAUGUUCUAUACAAGAAGAGAUUGACUGUUUUUAGAAUUCACUUCUUUAUGCUUGCGGUGCUGAUCUUGAAAGCAUUGAACUUGUUGUGUGAAGCGGAAGAUAAGUCGUAUAUUAAGCGAACUGGGUCAGCCCAUGGGUGGGAUGUGUUGUUUUACAUAUUCAGUUUUCUAAAGGGUAUUACACUGUUUACUUUGAUUGUUUUGAUUGGGACUGGAUGGUCGAUUUUGAAGCCUUAUUUGCAAGAUAAGGAAAAGAAAGUUUUGAUGAUAGUGAUUCCAUUACAAGUUGUUGCUAAUAUUGCACAGGUUGUGAUUGAUGAGACUGGGCCAUAUGGUCAAGAUUGGAUGACAUGGAAACAGGUGUUUUUGCUUGUCGAUGUAGUUUGUUGUUGUGCAGUGCUUUUCCCAAUUGUUUGGUCGAUUAAGAACUUGCGUGAGGCUGCAAGGACGGACGGGAAGGCUGCUGUAAAUUUGAUGAAGUUAACUUUGUUUAGGCAUUACUACAUUGUGGUGAUAUGCUACAUUUACUUUACACGUGUUGUGGUUUAUGCACUGGAGACUAUCACAUCUUAUAAAUAUCUUUGGACCAGCGUGGUGGCAGGGGAGUUGGCAACAUUGGCUUUCUAUGUGUUCACUGGUUACAAGUUCAAGCCUGAGCAGCACAAUCCCUAUCUUGCUAUUGAUGAUGAAGAAGAGGAGGCUGCAGCUGAGCAAUUGAAGCUAGAAGAUGAAUUUGAGUUGUGAGUUGCCAAUGUGGGUGUAUAUCAGUGUUGCAGCAUCAAAUUGGAGAAGAUGAGGCCUAUCAUGAAGCCUAUCUUUAUUGAUAACAAGCUAGGUGCAUGAUAUAAGUAUUGUCAUAUUGAUUGGAUGAAUCUCAUGGAGUCUGAAACGCACUGCGAGUUGUAUCUUGUUGUGUGCCCCAUUAUAUACUUCACUAACAUCGAUAUAUAUUCCCAACUCUUUCGUCCUGCUACCAGCGUUGAGUGCCAUUGGGAACUUUUCAUGAUUCUGGAGAUAUUUGUCUUUCGUUUGUGAGUUGGCUUAGGAUGAUACGCGACACCGAGAAAAUAUGCAUCGUCUAGCAUGUGAUUUUGAGUUAAUGCAUUUAGGUUGAUUCUUUGCUAUGCGUUGUAAUAAAUUACUGUAUUUUUUGUCAUUCUGUACCUUGUUAUGUACACAAAUUGGCAAUCAUUUUCUGAAAUUAAUUCUAGCAGACAAAAUUUCCUGCCCACAACGAGCAGGAGUUAUAAUA